AUGAGCAGGAUUCUCCUGUUGGAUAUCUGUAGCAUCGGGUCACGGUUUGCUCUCGAUGAUGGAAGUCGUGCCAUUGAGAAUGAUCUGAUGGAGGAACCUAAGCGGCUCUUGUUGGCAAAUUUGGACAACGUAAGCGCCGAAAAUGUUCAGGCGGACAUCCUCAUCGCGGACCUCUGCGAGGCUCAUCUCAACGCUUCUUUAGAAACUUCAUUCCUCCAUGCAACAUCUCAAUCGAGGCAGUAUCUGGUCAAUCCCAUCAGGCUCUUGUCGCUGGCUUGGAAGUUCUACUUUGUCUACAUUGUCAUCUUGGUCGUUGAGGUGGUUUACAUCUGGUUCCUGUUUGUGGAAAUCAAAGGACUUAUCGUCGAGGAAACCGGCGUCCUGUUCAACGGUCAGGAUGUCAAAAUUUCCAAGGAGGCGGGUAUGCACGGCGAUGCUACGUUUGAGGAGGGGGCGGUCGGUAAGGCUGUGGAAAAAGUCCAGGCGGUGUCCACAUAA